AUGGCGAUAGUGCUUUGUCCACCAUCACCAACCAAAGCUCUUCACUGAUCAAAACCAAACCCUAAUUCCAUAGACGGAACGAACAGAAACAACUCUUUUGCAUUGUUUACGGCCAUCGGAGGGGAUCCAAUUGUGUUCCCUUCAUUUUUGAGCUGUUUGGCAAUGGAUGAGUUCGAACAAAACCCUCAAAAAACCCUGAUGAUUCCUACAAGGCAUAAAUGUGCAGCUUGUUUCCAGCAGUUUAAAAGAAAAGAGCACCUUGUUGCACACAUGAAGGUCUCCCGUCACUCGGUGCAUCAGCCUAAAUGCGGUGUUUGUAAAAAAUAUUGCAAAUCAUUUGAAUCACUAAGGGAGCAUAUAUCAGGCCCAUUAGCUAAAGCUCAUUGUUCAAGUGUAUUUGCUCAAAAUGGCUGCCACAUUUGUCUGAAUGUUUUUUUGAGCCCUGUUUCUCUUGGUGAACAUAAAGAGUUAUGUCUUCUAACCGCCCCUACUCCCCUUGGAACAACACAUAUUCCAUAUAACGAGUAUGAAGUGUUAGAAAAUGAAAACUACGUUCAUAAAUGUCGUGAAGCAGUUGCCAUCGAUUGCCAAAUGGUUGGGUGCGGUAGUGAUGGAUCACUUGACUUAUUAGCUCGUGUUUGCCUUGUCGAUGAAGAAGAGAAGAUGAUAUUUCACACCUAUGUGGAACCUCAGAUAUCCGUGACUGAUUAUAGAUAUGAACUAACUGGCUUAACAGAGGAGCACUUAAGAGAUGCUAUGCCCCUAAGGGAAGUGCGAGAAAAGAUUUCUCAAAUUUUAUACAAUGGAGAAUCAAUAGGAAAAGCACGGUUGGAUGGUGGAAAGGCUAAUCUUCUUGUGGGUCAUAACCUCGAUAGCAAAUUGGAUUGCUUGUUGAUGAGUUACCCUGACCAAUUGUUAAGGGAUACUGCAACAUAUCCUCCACUAAUGAAAACUAAUUUUGCCAGCCACUCUCUCAAGUACCUCACUAAGGCAUAUCUAGGGUACGAUAUUAGGUUAGGGACUUACGACACAUUUCAAGAUUGUGUGUCCGUUAUGAGACUAUACAAACGCAUGCGUGCUCAAGAACAUCAAGAGGGAAAGACCGGAACAUCAUAUAGUCAUGAUACCAAAUGGAACCGCAAUAUGGCUGAUCAAACAUCACAAGAUCUCGAGAACAUGUCCCCAGAUGAACUCUUUCAAAUUUCCAAAUCAAAUUACCAGUGUUGGUGCUUGGACUCUCGGCCACACGAUCCAAUUCGAGAUUGGAGCUUGUGAGUUUGAUGGUGACUCAAGAAACAAAAUUGUGCAUAGUAAAAGAAAAAGAUAUCAGUUUGUUUCAUAAAUUCAGAGGUUUUCAUUAAACCAGUCUCUCUAGUCUCUACGCUUAGCUCAGGUUUCGUUUGGUUUGGUUUGGUUUGUUAGAUUGAAAUCUCGAGUUUCAAAGUUCAAGUUUCUCUUGGUUGUUAAUAUAUAUGGUGGUGACAUGAAAGAGGCCUUUUUAAGUCAUUGGAGAGAUUUUCUUAAUUGUUAAUUAUCGUAAUUUAUUUACCUUUUGUGUAAUGUCGGAUAAUUCUUGCCAUCUUAUA